AUGAUUGAGUCUGUUUUUCUUGUGAGCCGCCAGGGCAAGACACGUUUGGCCAAGUGGUACCUGAACGCGUCGAUUAAGGAGAAGACGCGCAUGAUUCGUGACAUCACGUCGUUGGUGCUUUCCCGUCCUCAUAAACAGUGCAACUUUAUUGAAUUCAAAGAGAAGAAGAUUGUGUACAAGAGAUACGCGAGUCUGUACUUUAUUGCGUGCAUCUCGAAGGACGAGAAUGAGUUGAUCACACUAGAAGCAAUCCAUCUUUUUGUAGAAGUGCUGGACCGUUAUUUUGGCAAUGUUUGCGAGCUGGAUAUUAUCUUUAACUUCCACAAGGCGUAUUACAUUCUGGACGAACUGUUUAUCGGCGGGUACCAGCAGGAGUCGAGCAAAAAAGAAAUCUUACGCAUCUGUACGCAGCAGGAAGAUUACAUGGAUGAGUCGAAGGAGGAAGGCUUCGUGCGUCCUCGUACAGGCACGCGCUAG